AUGAAGCGCUGCAGUGCGGCGGUGGCUGAGUCGGUGGGCGGCGGGGCGGCGUUUAGGACGGCCCAGGGGCUCUCAGCGAACAGGCGAGGCGUCGCGGGACGGCCGAUCGAGCAAUCACGCGCGCCCGUCUGCCUGAUGGACGCCGGGCGCCGGGCGCUCGAAGGCGGCCGGUGGCCGUGGGUCGAGGCCCGGCGCGAGGUGAAAGUGUGCCGACCGGUUCUCCGGGCGCCCAAAUUGCCGGCCGGCGGCGGCGGCGGCCCGGGUUCGAUUCCGCGACCGGGGCCGCGGCUGGCUAGACGGGCCGGCGGGCCGGCGAGACGCGCUGUUGCCGGCUCCGCGCCGCAGCGCCGCCGCCUCGCGCUUCUAGGACACGGCCCGGGCCGGCCGCCGCAGCGCCGAAUAACGCAGCGCUCCCUAGGUGCACCAGCCUCGCCGCUUGUAGACGAAGCUUCUGGGACAGGGCAGUCUGGUAAUGAGAGCGGCGGCCCUGGUGCCGGCUGCGCGGUAUGGCGCGGCGCGCCGCCGCAGCCGCCGGUGCAGCUAACGAAGUAUGAUGCAUUCGCGACCUUGGCAGGCCGGCCACAUAAAGGCAGCAGGCCCGCUGGCUGGCUGCCGCCGCCGGCUCGUGAAACAACCCUGGCCGCGUCCUCGCCGCAGUUCGGGGCCGCCAAACGUCCUGUCGAGCUGACGCCGUAA